GAACCCAUCACUUCUGUUGACUGUACCACUGUUUUAAGUUGGUGGCAAUUUUCUGCACGCACUUUAAUAACAGUAGCAUGAAAAUGUAAAGCUCAGUACAAUGUAACAGAGAUAAAAGAAAAUAUUUCAAAUGGCAAAUACCUGAAAUACAAUCGAUCCACUCACAAUUGGCUAGCGACAGCCCUCGUAUUACGAUAUGAUGCUUUUUAUUGGUCCAACAAGACAAAACGCAGAUUGAAAGGUUCUGGGUAUGUUAAUUGUCACUAUCAGCACCGGGAUCGAGGCAGCUAGUGGUGAUUGUCAGAUUAUCCGAUACGAAGGGGUUGUCGAGGCUUCCCUCUCAGUCUCUUUUUUAAGACUUAAAUUCCUAGCAGAUCUGAUCAUAGUAGUCAAUUGUCGCAUCAAUGAGAUACUAGCAGUACACCGAGUCGCCGUGUUCCUGUAGAAAUGAUACCCGUGAACGACUCCCUGAACGAUUCCCUGGGGGUCCCCCCUGUGAUGCCCGAGCCCCCCAUCUAUAUCCUGGUCCUGGCCAGUCUCUUCUUCUCCCUGACCUUCAUUGUGGGAUUUUUCGGCAACAUUUUCGUCAUGACCAUCGUGUUUGGUUUCAAGCGCAUGCAGAGCCGGAUGAACUUUUUCUUCGUGAACCUCUCUGUGACCGACAUGCUUAUUUUACUGGUGUGUAUGCCCUCAGCAAUGGUCGACCUUUUCGCCAAGGAAGUAUGGUACUUCGGGGAGUUUAUGUGUAAGAUGGUGCAUUACACAGAAAACGUGGUCACCCUGGCUUCUGUGAUGACGAUACUGUCGAUAACUACAGACCGCUACAGGGGGAUAUGUUACCCCAUGAUGUCCAAGGGCCACUGGACCAAUGUCCGUGUUUCGGUGGUGGUUUCCGUCAUCUGGACCUUAGCCGUUCUCUCUAGUCUGCCCACCUUCUUUUUCCCUGUGUUCAAAGACUCUACGUGGCUAGACGGUACUCCAGUGAAAGUCUGCAGAAUUCCUAUUGACAGGCAAUGGAAAGUGGGGUAUCUACUGAGUGUUUUCACUUUUUUCUUUGUCAUUCCAUUUUUUGUCCUUUCCGGUCUAAUAAUAUGUAUGGGCCGUGAAUUACUGUGGCAUCGCGAUCUUCAGGAAGGAAGGGCGGACAAAGAAGCCAGGUACACACUACAGAAAAGACGCCGGGUCGUGUUCAUGCUUACUCUUGUUGUGGUAGCCUUCUUUCUGUGUCUCCUGCCGCAAAGAAUUGUGGGACUGUGGAUUAUUUACACAGCGCGGAGUAAUCUGGAGUCUCUUGGCCUGGAGGGUUACCUCAAUCUGGUAACGUUUACACGGGUCAUGGUGUACAUCAACAGUGCUCUGAACCCCGUCAUCUAUAACUGUAUGUCGACCAAGUUCCGAGGAGCUGUCAAAGACCUGUUUCACAGGAGACGUCAGUAUAAUCACGUGAUCAUUACACGGGCACUGACUCUGACGACAGUUCCUUCGUCAUCCGGUUCUUGUUAAGAUGUGUUCUUACAUCAUAAGUGUUUACAUAUACUUGUAUCAGUUUUUAGAACACUUCCAUUGAUAGACAUUUUAUUUAUGAACUUUUAAAGCAAUAAUACCUAUGAUAUUUUCAACAAAACUUUGACUGCUGACACUGUCUUACAAAAUCAAAGGUUCCAUCUUUUAUUGAACAUUUAAGGAGUUUGACAUCAAAUCAGUUGUAACUACGACUGCGAAAAUUAUGAUCAAAUUACAGUUAGCAAUAUGCAUUUUUUUGUUAUCUUUGGUAGCCUCUUUGUAUAAAUCAACUGAUCAUCAAUGUAUUGUAAAUUCUUUUAUAAAUAUAGUUUUU